AUGGAUAAUGCACCGUGCCAUCCAACUGAUAUCGAAUUAUCACAUGUGAAGUUACAAUUUUUUCCACCAAACACGACGUCAAAAUUACAACCAUUAGAUCAAGGUAUAAUACGUACGUUUAAAACAUAUUAUCGUAAACAGGUGGUUAAAUACGUAAUAUCACGUUGUGCAACUGCUCAAUCACCUGAUGAUAUUAAAAUUACACCAUUGGAUGCUAUUUAUUCGGUCGAUGCUUCAUGGCAAGCUGUUUCAGAACUUACAAUACGAAAUACAUUUCGUUCAGCAAGUUUUGAAAAUGAACCACAUGGUCAUAUGACCACAACAACAUUGGAUAGUUCCACUACAACACCAACAGAAACAAUAACGAUAACUGUUGAUGAACAUGAUGAACAAUCAAACAUUUUAGAUAAUCUUUUACAGCACAUUACUAUUGGUGGUCAAGCAAUGAAGGCAGGUGAUUUUGUUGAUAUAGAUAAUGAUAUACCUGCGUUUAAUAAAUGGUUCGAUAGCUGUGAAAAUAUUUUAGUAUGUGAUGUAAAUGAGCAAGAUGAUGAUGAUGAUAGUAAUGCUGUAUCUACAGAAAUACCACCAAAAAUAGCAGAAGCAAUGGAAAUGACACAAAAGCUUCGUUUAUUAGCAACAACACAACAUCCACAAUUACAUAAAUUAAUUAGUGAAUUAGAAUCAAAAUUAAUUGAUGUUACUCGUGCUGGUCGAUUUGGUACAAAAGGUUUAGCAAUAACAUAUGUUGCUAAUGAAAGUGAUGCAGAAAUUCUGAAUGAAAUUCAAAGUCGUUUUGAAGUACAAAUUACUGAAAUGUCCGAUGAAAUCAAUGCAAAUACCCAUAAUCGUCGAUUACGUUCAUCAAGUAAAGCCAUGAUCACUCGACGUCAAACUGGUUUAAUUGAUUCAUUAUCCAGUGAUCUUUUAUUUUAUUCAUCGAAUAGAAAUAAACGUCAAAGACGACAAUCAGCUAAUUCAUCAUCAAAAUAA